CCAUUCCCCCAUCAAACGAAAACACAUUGGUGAUUCUUUGUUUUGUCGAUGUGUUGUGUGUGGUUCAACUUCGAUUGUGCACAAUGUGCUUAAAAGUGUCGAGAAACGUUUAGCGUAAUUUAUAAUGAUAUUACUGGAAUAACUAAACGACGAAAACCUCGGCGAUUAGCCAAGAUACUGCUGAGCCAAACUAGUAGGUUUAAGUUAGGUGUAAUAAGCCAAACUAGCUAAACUGGUCUUCAAAAAAAUGGGUCCUGAUCAAUUUCACGAAACUCGCUCUUUUUCUGCCAGUGAUUUGUCAAUCAAGUCAUCCUCAGAUCAUUGCCACAAAAGAAAUUCCUGUACUGACAUGCUGGAAAGAACAUCUAAUCUGAAAAAUGCCAUUGUUAAAGACUCUGUGCCUUAUCAAGAUUCAGGGAUUUUAAAGAGGUUUGCACCUGGGCAAUCAUCCGGAUACUAUUCACGUCGCUUUCACCCACGCCAAUAUCAUAGUUUGCCACAUCAUUAUAAAUUGCCAAUCUUGAAUGGACAGUUUCUAAAAGAAAAAGUCAGAGAGAAUGAUGGAAUUCAAUCUGGGUAUUCUACAAAAUUAUCCCUGGUUGUUGAUUGGUUUAAGGGAUUCAAUUCUGAUCAAAAAAAUAAAAUGCUUAUGUUACUAUUCAAUGAGUGUGAACAGCCACAAAACCACUUACUUUCAACACUGCUACAAGACAAGCUUCACAUGAGCUGCCCUCCAAACUGCCAGGAUUUUUUACUCUGGCUUCCUUCUGUGUUGGCAUACAAAAUUCUUUCAUAUCUUGAUCCUGUAUCACUUGCAAAGUGCUCCCAAGUUUGCAAAUACUGGGACAGUCUUUCAAAUUCUCAGUUCCUGUGGCAAAAUUUGAUGAUGCAGCCAACUUGGAAACUUAGCCAGAGUGGACACUUUCAGCAUCUACGACAAAUUAAGCUCAGUUCUGAAGGAGGCAAAAAAUUGUCUUGGAAGAAGAUUUUUGCCGAUCGAUACCGUCUACAUCGGAAUUGGCUUAGAGGGCAGUGCCACGUCCGGACGUUUGAGGGACAUACUCAAGGAGUGUCGUGUGUACAAUUUGAUGAAACACGUAUUGUUUCGGGAUCUCACGAUAAGACUAUUAAAGUAUGGAAUAUUCGCACAAAUAGUCCAUGGUCCGUAAUGACUUUAGUUGGCCACUCCGGCACGGUGAGAUGUCUGCAUUUAAUGGGAAAUAGGUUAGUUAGUGGUUCUACGGAUCAAACGCUAAAAGUUUGGGAUCUCUCUGUGCAAGAUGAAUGGUCUAGUAUCGCCUGUAAAGUUACAAUGGUGGGACAUACGGACACCGUCAGAUGUGUUCAGAUGGACACCGAAAAAGUGGUUAGUGGCUCCUAUGACAACACACUCAAAAUCUGGAGCUUAAAAUCUGGUGAAUGCUCUCAUACAUUGAGAGGUCAUAUUGCUCAUGUGCUUUGUUUGCAGUUUCACUGCAAUACCCUAGUGAGUGGUUCUGCUGAUAAAACUAUAAAGGUUUGGAGUUUAGAGGAAUUUCGCUGCAAUGCAACUCUGUAUGGGCAUCAAGAUGCAGUAACUUGUAUAUCGUUCGAUGAACAGCGCAUAAUAUCGGGAUCCCUCGACAACAAUAUUAAAAUAUGGAAUCUAAAAUCAGGCGUUUGCUUAUCGACAUUGGACUGGAAAAACUCGGAAGGACAUACCGGUGUUAUUCGCUGCCUUCAAGCCAAUGAGAGAAGAAUGGUAUCCGCCUCCGACGAUCGAACUUUGAAAGUAUGGCAACUUGAAACUAAUACCGGGCAGCGGUUAUUGACUUUGCGAAAUCACACUGACGGAGUUACUUGUUUACAAUUUAACGACUUUAUCAUUGUUUCUGGAUCAUAUGACCGAACGGUUAAAUUGUGGGAUUUUAGCGUGUGUUGAAAAAACAAAAAAAAAAAAAGAAAAAUUUUUAUUGUAUUUACGGAUAAACUUAUCGCAACAAACAUUUGAUAGUCUGGCAAAAGGUAUGUCACAAUUCACAAAGCAUGCAAAUCAGUUUUGAACAGUUCGAUAUGUCUUAGAUUAAAUGUUCAUAACGUAAGUUUCUAAAAAUCCUGAUAAAGAACUUUGAAUCUGAAACCAGCACGUAUGAGAUACAGUUUCAUUAAUGGUUUCCUUA